CAAAAUCGACGGUGGUAAGGAAUAAUAAUAUCUCAUCUUGCUUGCACUUCACAAAAGAAGCGCCAAACCAUUUGGAUCCGAUACUCCUCCCCCCUCUUCCGUUAUCGUCUCCAACAAAUUCAAGGGCCACACAACAACAAUGCUCUCUCACCACUUAACUUCAUUUACUUUUGGUUCAUGAAAUUCAAAAUUUUCUCAUAAACCGCAAGUGCUUUUAGCAAUUCAAGUCGCUUGAUCCGAUACUCCUGGGGUCAAGGUAGCAUUAGAACAAUCAUGGAUCGGCUCAAGAGUUCUGCACGUCUCAUGAUAGUUUCAGACCUUGACCAUACAAUGGUUGACCAUCAUGAUCCUGAGAAUCUCUCUCUGCUUAGGUUUAAUGCCUUGUGGGAAGCCAAUUAUCGGCAUGAUUCUCUUCUAGUGUUCUCAACUGGAAGGUCACCUACACUUUACAAGCAGCUGAGGAAAGAAAAACCCAUGCUAACCCCAGAUAUUACCAUAAUGUCUGUGGGAACAGAGAUAACAUAUGGUAAUUCAAUGGUGCCAGAUGAUGGUUGGGUUGAAUGUCUAAAUCAGAAAUGGGACAGGAACAUAGUCACAGAGGAAACAAGCAAGUUUUCUGAACUUACUCUUCAUGCAGAAACAGAGCAGCGACCUCACAAGGUUAGCUUCUAUGUUCAGAAAGAAAAGGCCCAGCAAGUAAUGAAGGCUCUUUCUGGGUGUUUGGAGAAACGUGGGUUGAAUGUUAAAAUAAUCUACAGUGGAGGAAUGGAUUUGGAUAUAUUACCUCAAGGUGCUGGCAAAGGACAAGCUCUUGCAUAUUUGCUAAAAAAAUUCAAGACUGAGGGAAAAUUACCUAUUAACACUCUUGCUUGUGGUGACUCUGGAAAUGAUGCUGAACUGUUUAGCAUUCCAGAAGUAUACGGUGUCAUGGUAAGCAAUGCUCAGGAAGAACUGUUGAAGUGGCAUGCUGAAAAUGCGAAAGAUAACCCUAAAAUAAUCCAUGCGACUGAGAGGUGUGCAGCAGGCAUCAUACAAGCCAUUGGUCGUUUUAACCUUGGCCCAAGUACUUCUCCUAGAGAUGUUACUGACUUUGAGGCUAAUGUCGAAAACCCCAAUCCGGGUAACGAGAUAGUGAAAUUCUACUUGUUUUAUGAGAAAUGGAGGCAUGCAGAAGUUGAGAAUUCUGCGCUGUAUCUAGCUGGUCUGAAAGCAAAUUGUCAUCCACCUGGUGUUCAUAUCCAUCCAUCUGGUUGUGAGAAACUUCUCCGUGACUGCAUAGAUGCAUUGAAAGGGUGCUAUGGAGACAAACAAGGGAAACAAUUUCGGGUUUGGGUGGAUCAGGUUUUAUCUACCAAGAUUGGUUCAAACACAUGGCUUGUGAAGUUUACUAAGUGGGAGCUAAACGGUGAAGAGCGGUGUGGUUGCAUGGUGACAGUUCUAUUAAGUUCGAAUGAUGAGAGUGUUUCAGAAGGGUUCACUUGGGUGCAUGUGCAUCAGACUUGGUUGGAUGGGUUGGCAGCAAAAGAUCAUACAACCUGGUUUAUCUAGCCGGUGCUCCCGUCUCUGAUGAUCCAAUUAAAAGCUACUAUUUCAAUUUUAUCAUAGGUAGAAGAGUUGUUAGCUUCCCUCCCUCCUUCCCUCAGUGGUUGAAUAAGUGAACAUAAAUAAUCGAAAGUCGGGGCAGGGCCAUGAGAUUAACAGGAGUAGAAGUUGAGGCAGGCAAAUUUAGUUUCCAUGAUUCAUGUUCAUGCCCAACCACAUUCAUCAUACAUUGCUGAGUGGGUUGUCCAGGGGACGGUGUUCUAGUGUCUGUUUCUUCUUGUGACCAUCUUAUGCUAUGAAUAAAUUUUUUGUAAUGGUGAGACCUAUGUUUUUUUGGGAUCAAAAUAUACAUAUAUACAAAGAAAGACCAUGGAUAUGUGUUGCAUGCCAAA